CUAGCCCUGGUUGAUGCUGUCCCUCUGUUAUUGCAUGGCUGCGCACUAUCCUGACCGCUCCUCAACCCUGUUCGCGUGCUGGCGGCUAUGAAUAACCCGUUGUCUCCCGGGACUGGCACCUUAGAACAGUCGGGCGUCCCUGAUUUUCAAGGGCGUCGAGGCGCUUUGCUGGGUGCGAGCUCGCCGCUGCGUCGAGGCAAUGUCGCCCAGCCUCCCGCUCUUGUCACGUCCUUGAGUGGACUGCAGUUUCAGAGUCUUGCUGUGCCCGCGAGCGGCGGCGGCUAUCUUCCAACGCCGACGACGAUGAAUUCUCCGUUCUUCUCCUCUACUCCCCUCAGCGGGUUGAAUACGCCGAUGAGUGCGAGGCCGACGCCUUACACCACUGCUUACAACCCCCAGGAAUGGGGUCCAAUAGCCCCAGUCCCGUCGCCAACCGUUGGGAUAGGAGUCAUUACGCCGGGGAAUACUGGAACACAUCGUGGCCAUGUUAAUAGGACUGAUGCUGCAUCACCGCCUCCUCCUUACUCCCCUCCACGGUCGCAAAAUCUCGCCAGCUCCCAGUCUCCCCACCUGGCGAUGUCACCACAAAAUAAUGCGCUUUCUCCUCCGAUGGCCCACCAGCAGGAAUUCUCGCCGAUGGCUCGCGCGUCGGGGUCAAGCUCAAUCAACCAGUAUUCUUCUCCACGUCCAAGACCUGCUUCCAUGGUCAACACCGGCGGUUUAGACGGACAAAACGCACCGCAUUCUCUCUACCAAUCUUCUAUUCAAGGAGGUGGUAAUGUCCAGUCGCAACUGCGUCCUGAUACCUCCACAUCGAACGCUUUCGCAGGCCCUUCUACUCACACCAACGCGCAUUCUUCUGUCAUUUCGCCGGGUAGAAUAUCCCCAGACGCAUACCCCGAGUCGCAGGCCCCGAGACUAGUGCCGCCUGCGGCCAGAAGGGCAGCGUCAACCGGCGAUAUUAAUCCGUCCUCUCGAUUGACGCUCAAUCACGAUGGCCUGGCAGCGUCUAGGUCAGGAAGAUGGGAGCCGGGAAUGCCGUUACCUCCCCCGCCUCCAGGUCCCCCGCCUGGAGCAUCUCCCAGAGUCCGACAGUCUUCUCUCGAACCUCCAGGACCAACUAUGGGCGCCGCCCCUCGCAACAGACCACGACCUCCAUCUACGGGGACCGCUCUUGGCUCUGUUCCCCCUACUCCUGCCGGAUGGUCGGCUGAUAGCUCAAGGUCAGAUUCGAGAAUUACAAGCCCCCACAAUGCCAAUCAGCAACCCACGCUCGCUACGAGCCCUGAAAACGAACAACAAUCGUCAUCUCACGUGUCAUUAGAAGCGCCUGGACCAGCGAGACCGACCUCUGGUGGAAAUGGUCGGAUGGCAUCUCCUAGAAUUGCGACUUCUAAAGAGUUAAGAGAGAGGCGCAUUGAGAGUAGGAACGGCAGGGAAGCGGAUAAUCAAGGUGACACCGCUGGAACCGAAGAGUCCCACACCUCCUGGCCGUCAGACCUUGUUUUAGGAAACUCGAGAGGCCUAGGUCUCGUUCGUCGUCGAACAGUAACCAGAGCAACACCCCGCAGCGCACGUAGCCUUCCGUCUAGUGGACAGGAUAGUGGCGGAUUCCCCAACAGUCCAUUCAGUAAAAGGAGUUCUCCAAGCUCUUCGUUCUCCACUCCCAGGGCCUUGCAGGCGUCUGAACCGUCUCAUACCCCUACAUUCACACCUGCGAUAGCACCGCGUUCUUCAACCCCACUAACUGAGGGCGGGCGCAAAGUGCCACCAAAUGCUCUACACACCCCUCCUACGCAAGAAGCAAAAGAUCCAGAACCCAUGACUGGGUUGACUCCUCUAGUAAAUGACCGGGGAAGACCGGUUUCCCAUCUUCUUCACCUACCUGUGGAUGAGUCUCCAUCAGACAGGCCGCUGGUUCCAAUUAGAGCAGUCAACCCAAUUUUCACGCCUCCGUUAUCCGGUCGCCGGGACGAGACGUUUCUUCGCAACGCAGAGAGCCGCUAUCGUGAAUUUAUUGAAAAGGAAAUCGACGCACACAACGACUCGGAAGCUCUGGAUAUCUUUUGUGAUUUCAUUAUUUCAGAGUCACGCAUCAGACGGCAACGCUACGCAUCGGUGUGGAAGAAUGGGUCUUUUAAUGUCAAGAACAUCGAAGAGCAGUUAUUUACACCGCAAACUCACAGUGACGAUGAGACCACCGUUCCCCAGUUACCACCUUUGAGCACUGGCCGCCGUGAACCCGGACUUUGGAACAAUUAUAAACCGGCAUUAUCAACGAUAGCGAGCAUGAGCAUCAGCAAUGACGAACAGGGUUCCCGAGGCAGGCCAGCAAGUCGAUGGUGGGAAUCCCAGACAGGUUCCGAUAGCGGUGGAAAUGGCCAAGGCGUGCGUCGUUCAAAAAGAGAGAGUAAAUACAUGGGUCUCCCGUUGCGCGAAGUUAUGGAGCAGAACUAUUGCACAUCGCCAAUUGUGGACAAUUCAACAGGGUACACGAACAAUCCAUUCUUAAGCUACGGGCCGAAUGAAUAUCCCCCCGAGAAGGUUGGGUGGCAUGAGGACUCAGCCGGUGCCCAAGGUCCGAUCCGCCAGCUAUCUCUAAGUCGCGAGGCGCAAAAAUUGGAUAUAUCUAGGCUUAUUACCUUGCCGCCACCCUACCCACGGCAUUAUCCCGGUGUGAACAAUAACCACCCGGACCUUGGAUUUUAUCGAACGACGGUCAGGUCCGUGACCGAACUUUCUGAAUUACGCGAAGCUUAUCAAAACCAUGAAACGAAGUUCCAAAAGCUCCGAGAGGAUCAUCAGAGGAAGGUGAAAGAAGAGCGCCAAGACUUCAGGUUCCGGGUUAACCAAGCGAUUGAAGAGGGCACUAUCUCCUAUGCCGACGCUGCCGACGCAGAGGCCGGACGGAAGGCAAAAGAGAAUGAAGCAGAGAAAAAGUUAGCCCAGAAGGAAUUCGAUUCGUACCAAGAGGAGGUUCUUCGGCCGAUGCAGAGCGUCCUUAAAGACCGGAUAGGCGCAGUUAGUGCCUGUCUGAACGAGCUUCAAGAGAAGCUAUUCGAUUCUACCAACGAUGAAAGUCCAAAUCAGACACAGGAGGAAGGCGAUGAGCGACCUGAGUUACUCGAAAAACUGACACAGCUGAAGUGGCUGUUUGAAGCACGCGAGCAGCUGCAUCGUGAGGAGUACGAUCUACUCAGCAAAUGCAAUGAGAAAUUCAGGGCUGUUGUCUCCCUGCCGUAUAAGCAGUCGAAUAACCGGGAGAAGCUCAAGGAAACCGAUAAUUUCUUCAUUCAGGACGGGCAGAACCGAGAGGCCACGUUCGCGUCAGAGACGCUACAGCGGUUCGAAAACUUCAUGAGCGUGAUCGAAGCGAACGUGAGCAGGGGAGUUGAAACGCAGCUUGGUGCAUUUUGGGACAUCGCCCCGUCCCUCCUCGCUUUGGUCCAGAAGAUCCCAGAUGACCUUGGGGGCUUCUCUGUGAAAAUCCCACAGAAGGAAUACAAGGAGAAUCCGAGCUAUUACCAAUACCCGCUGCAAUACCUCUACACCCUCGUUUCGCACGCUGAGAAGGCGACUUAUCAGUUCAUCGAAUCCCAAACUAAUCUCCUCUGCCUUCUACACGAGGUUAAAUCCGGUCUCGUGAGUUCGAACUGCAAGUCCAUGGAGAUCCAACGGAUUAAUUCCGGGGAGCCAGCAGAGAUAGUGACGUCCGAGAUGCAGGAAUCGUUGGCGGAGGAAGAGAGGAUCCUUACCGCUGAUCUGAAGGAGAAAGUGGGAAUGGUCGAGGGCCAGUGGCAAGAAGCCUUAGGAUCGCAGUUGGAGAACGUGAAGGGGAGGGUACAGAAGUGGCUUGAAGAGGAGGGUGGUUGGGAGGGUAUUUUGCAGAUGGAAGAGGCAUAGGUGAUGUGUUGCUUGGUUUUGGUGGGUUUCUCUUUUGUUGCUUUUUUCCCUUCAUUGUAGCCUAUCGGAGCGGCAUCCUGUUCAUGAUUGCUGUUGACUGCUGUCUGUCUGCGAGAGAUACCCCAUAUUCGUUCGUUUUUUGCAUACAUUCAUUUUUAUUUUUAUUAUUUUUAUUAUUUUCGUUUUUCAUUUUCCCUUUUUUUUUUUUUUUUUCGAUGUUGAAGUGAUGAUGAUUACGAUAAAUAAUGAGCCACAGAUCAAAUUCAAGAAAAUAAUACUGCGUAAA